AGUCGGCAUUGCGAACGUGUUUUUCCUCAACUGCGGGCAGACAGUGAAGCGAAGAACCGUAAAGAUAUCCACUAUUUGAAAAAAAGAAAACUUACAUAAAUCUCUUCCUAAAAGCGGUGCUUAUUGAUGGUGGGAUACAGUGCCGAAAGAGUGAAACAUUUCCACUACAAUCCAGAGUGAAGAAAGCGCACUGCAUAGCAACUGAAACACAGCUCGCAAACAUUGUGUGUAGGCGCAGGGGAGGCAAAAACAAAAAUCCUUUGCAAGCACAAGUGAUAAUAGGUGGUGCAUUGUGGGAAACGUCUUGAAUAUGACGAAAUUCAUGGUUGCCAGGCGUUGCCUGGAGGUGGCCACCGACACACUCGGAACAUCCGCUGCCACUUUCACGCCCCGGUUCGGUGCAUCAUUUUCCUGGAUGAAACAUUACUCGCUUCGCUUACGGUCACAGUCGACCCGGUUGAGUGCCCGCAGUUACUCCACACAGGCCGACAAUCGUAAACCGGCCACCAAGGACUUUGACGAUGGCGAUCGUCCCCCGCUGGAUCCGGAAGCGGUACAUGCGGAUCUACUGCGCCGACUGACGAAGCUGUACGAACAGGAAGUGGCCCGGGAAUUGAUCGUGCCGCCGUUUAAGCGAGCCUUGCUGUACGGUGAAAAGGCGGCCAUUCGUGACCAGAUAGGCGAUUUCAGCUUCGUCCAGCUGUACGAAGCCGUCAAGCGGCUAGCGGCACAGAUAUCCAAAUGUUGCGGCAGUGCUUCUCAGUCCCGUGUGGCAUUCCUUUGCCCGAACAAUAUUACGUACGUGAUCAGCCAGUGGGCUUGCUGGUUUUCGGGACAAAUUGCCGUGCCCUUGAACGCAAAAUAUCCAGCCGAUUUGCUCGAGUACUACAUCAAAGAUUCGGAUGCUUCCCUCCUGCUAACGACGGCGGAAUUUCUUCCCCUGGCCGAACCGCUCGCUGCCAAGCUGCAAAAACCCUUGCUGGUGGUGAAUCACGAACUGAUCAAUGCAAAUGGAACCACAAACGGCGGUGACGCAUCGCCCGUGGCGGACGUUUCCUACCUAGAUCCGAGGAGAGAAAAUUUGUUGCAACUGAACGAUACGCUCGUGGUGGAAAGUGCACUGAAUGGUGAAUUUUACCGCGAUGCCAACGCUUUGAUCCUGUACACAUCCGGCACGACGGGUAAACCGAAAGGAGUGGUGCUGAGUUACGCCAAUCUGGACGCUCAACUGCGUGCCCUGUCGCACGCAUGGCAAGUAAGUGCAGCCGAUUCGGUACUGCACACACUACCACUGAACCACGUUCAUGGUACGAUCAAUGCGCUGAACUUACCGCUGGCGGUCGGGGCCAAGUGUGUUAUGCUGCCGAAGUUUGACAGCAGCAGCGUAUGGAGCUACCUGCUGAACGUGAACAUGACUACCAAAGAGCGCGUUAACGUGUUCAUGGGCGUGCCGACGAUGUACGGGUUGCUGAUCCGCGAGUAUGACAGUGUGUUCGGGAAGAACGCUCGCAUGUGUGACUAUGUCAAGACACAUUGCAAGAACAAGAUUCGACUCAUGAUAUCCGGUUCGGCACCACUGCCGGGCAAUAUAUUCGAUCGCUGGAACGAAAUAACUGGCCACCGGUUGCUGGAACGCUACGGUAUGACCGAAAUCGGUAUGGCCAUCUCGAACCCUUACUUGCAGGACGGUGAACUGCGCAGCAGAAGGCAAGGUUGCGUUGGGAUGCCAUUGCCAGGUGUUAGCGUGCGCAUUGUAGACCCCGAAAGUGGUCGUCAGUUGACGCUUGAAGGUUGCGAAAAUGAAGGGAUUUGGCAUACAACAACUGGGACAACGCCACCAAAGCCAACCGUGCCGGAGGAUUCCAUUGCGGGUCAGCUGCACGUGAAGGGAAGCUCGGUAUUUAGUGCUUACUGGCAAAAGGCAAAAGAAACAGCUUCCGAGUUCGAUGCGGAAGGAUGGUUCCGGACGGGUGAUACGGCACGUUACGAAAACGGAACGAUACGCAUCCUCGGACGCACCUCCGUUGAUAUAAUCAAAUCGGGUGGCUUUAAGCUGUCCGCGCUCGAGAUCGAAACGGCAUUGCACGAACAUCCGGACACGAGCGACGUGGCGGUACUAGGUUUGCCCGAUGAAACAUGGGGCCAACGGGUAGUGGCCGUGAUCAGCUUGCGUGACCAGGCGUCCGCCACACCCGAAACGUUCAGCAUUCCGAAGCUGCUUGUGUGGUUGGAACAGAAGCUUCCGAAGCAAGCCAUUCCAAAGGAAGUCCGAUUAGUGGAGGAAAUACCGCGCAAUGCAAUGGGUAAGAUCAACAAACGGGAACUGAUCAAUAGGUUGUACGGAGAAAACGCAGCAGCGACACCAGACAGCACAGAAACACAGAAUGUCGUCGAAAAGCCUUAGGCAGUGUAUCCCAUCAAUGUGAUUGCUAAGGCUAAUGCGCACAGAAACGUAUUUAUACCACAAACACAUCCCGCAUCAUCCGACGAAGCAGAAAAAGAGGUAGGAAACAUAAUCAAUAUCGAACUAGUCACAGAAGAUAUCUUCCGCUUUCUUCUGGCCGGGGAUUCGGGUGUGGUUAUUGUCGCAGCAUGCAUUAUUGAAUAAUUGUGAUUCUUUUUUUCUGACACACUUGUUCCCACCUUUCGGUUACUUGCGGCAAAAAGCGUGAGGCUGGCGAAUAUUUCGAAUGGACUUCCUACCGAAUGAGGGAUCAUAUUCAACGGGUAGGAAACUAAUGAACGAAACGUGUUGGAAACAAGCUUUUGACAACAAGGUUCCAAAUUUGUUGACGAAUUAUAAUGCAACAUACAGUGGAUACAGUUUGGUUCGAUGGUUAGAUAUCCGAAACAUAAUUAUGUUGUUCUUCCCUAUGAAAAAUCUUCUGGCAACAUCUUGGAAAUGGAGCACAAUUCAUUAUUGACGAUAAGUGGAUGGCUGUGUUACGAUAACACGUCGAGCAACGUAUGGGUACUUCGGUCAAGCAGUUUAUUUGGUGGGACCAGGGUGGUGUGGUCUAUUGUGAGCUACUACAACUAGACGAAAAGAUCACGGGGAGAGGGGACCUAUGAUGUCUACCUAUAAUAAUUGAUGCGUUUGGUACGACAAGUGCAUGACAAUGCUCGACCACUUGUUGAGGCAUCUGUGAAAAUGUUCUUUCACAAACAUUGUUUCAAAAGAAACAUUGGACUAGGAAGUGCUACGCCGUCGUUGCUACUUUGGAUAC